AUGCCCAACCCCUCCAGCAAUGGAGGCUCAAGUCACCAACCAACCGAGUAUACUUCCCUCCUCGCCAAGCCCAUCGACAAUGGACCACCAUUGCACGACUCCGAAGAUGAAAGUCCAUUCUCGCGAGCCCUCAUCCUCGCCGAGUUCUGGCUCUUGCUGAAAGACUCAACUCCCGUAAUCUUAGCCUACACUCUGCAAAACAGCCUUCAAACAAUAUCGGUGUUGAUCAUCGGUCGCUCAUCACCGGAGAACCUCGCCGCGAGUGCAUUCUCGCAGAUGUUCGCCAUGGUUACGGGAUGGAUGAUUGCUUUAGGAGGUACCACGGCUAUGGACACACUCGCCUCCUCCUCCUUCACGGGAAGCUCCAACAAACAUGACUUGGGAAUUCUGCUUCAGCGGGGCUUCUUGGUCCUGGGUCUUUUUUAUAUACCCGUCGCUAUCUUGUGGGCUUGUUCAGAGCCUGUCUUUUUGUUCCUUGGGCAGAGUCCUCAACUCUCACACGACAGCGCGAGGUUCUUAACUUGUUUGAUUCCUGGGGGUUUGGGAUAUAUUUAUUUCGAGGUUAUGAAGAAGUAUCUGCAAGCUCAAGGAAUCAUGCGAGCUGGAACAUACGUGCUGCUAAUUACCUCACCAUUAAACGCCGGUCUCAACUACCUAUUCUGCUACACAUUCAAGAUCGGCCUCUUAGGCGCACCUCUCGCAACGGGAAUCUGCUACUGGCUCUCAUUUGCAUUGCUAGUUCUCUACGCACGCUUCAUCAACGGCGCAGAGUGUUGGGGCGGAUGGUCGCGCGAGGCAUUCCAAAACCUUCGCACCUUUGCACGACUCGCUCUUCUAGGCAUUGUGCACGUUGGAACAGAAUGGUGGGCAUUUGAGAUCGUCGCUUUAGCAGCUGGCCACCUGGGUACUGUCUCGCUCGCUGCUCAGAGUGUCAUUAUGACAGCCGAUCAAGUUCUCAAUACGAUUCCUUUCGGAAUUGGAGUCGCGACGUCCGGCCGCGUUGGUAAUCUACUAGGAAAACGAGAUGAUACCGGUGCGGCGCGCGCGGCGCAUACCUCUGCCGUGCUGAGUAUGGUUUGUGGUGGCGUUGUGCUAGCUGUUCUUAUCGGGACGCGGGAUCACUUUGCCAAGAUCUUCAAUGAUGAUUCGGAUGUUGUACGUCUUACGGCUGAAGUCAUGCCGUAUGUGGCGCUUUUCCAGAUUGCCGAUGGGCUUAAUGGGAGUUGUGGGGGGAGUCUGAGAGGAAUGGGACGGCAGCAUGUGGGUGCUCUGGUUAAUUUGGUGAGUUAUUACUGCGGUGCAUUGCCGUUAGGUAUCUGGCUUGCGUUUCAUGGCUGGGGACUUAAGGGUCUGUGGGUUGGGCAGUGUAUUGCUUUGUAUUUGGUUGGAGUGUUUGAGUGGGUUAUUGUUGCGCGCAGUCGGUGGGAUGUGGAGGUGCAGAAGGCUUUCCAGCGCAUGGAUGUACAUGAGACUCUGGAGGAUGCGAUUUGA